AUGUUGUUAACUAUACAUAAUUUGCCGGCAAAUACACGGUAUUGUGAUAUAAAGAAGUUGAUCCUUACAUCAUGUGGCCUAACAGAAGUGUUACUGGACCACUUAGUCAAUGAAGGAGAUUAUAAGAAGGUUACAGUUGGUGUAGCAGAAGAAGAAGAUGCCGCAAUUCUUGUACGAAAAAUCAACGGUCUUUAUGUGGAGGGAGCACAACUUUAUGUUGAGGACAUUCGACAAAAAAAAAAGUCAACAGAGCAACCUUACCGGCCUAUGUCAAAUUCAAACAAAGACUAUGAUCAAAGAGAGAAUCCUGUAGAACAACCUGGACCAGGACUGCAGGGGAUGUUUGCCCAACAAAAUUUACCUAUGCAAAUGAAUAUGCUCCAUAAUAUGGCCCAGUUCAAUCCACAACUAAUGGUACAAGAUGCGAUGAUGAUGAUGAAUCGACAGAUGAUGGGAAUGGGCAUGUAUUAUAUGGAGCAAAUGGCAGCAACAGCACAACUUCCUUUGCAGUAUAAUUUUAACCCAAAUCAAAAUUUAUCUGGUCCUAUGUCGGAUAAUUCUGCAAUAAAUCAAAACAACCGUGACAAAAAUUUCAAACCGAACAGGGAGGAUAAUGAGAGUGAUAAAGUUAGUAAAUCUUAUCGAGGAUAUAAUCGCUCUAGCGAAGAUAAUGAACAGAGUAGAGAAUGCAUGAGGGUAUCAUCAAAACCGUCUCGUUGGGGAUCCGAUAACGAAAAUCUAGCCCAUAAAAGAACAAAACAAACAUCUAGAUGGAACACCGAAGAGACUAGUCCAUCUAGAGGUCGUAGUCGAUCUCCUCAUCCUCAAUACCGCGAUGACGCGGCUUUUGACAACAGAUUUCGAAAUGACCAACAGCGUUUCGGUGACGAUUUUGAUCAGCGUAGCGUCUCAAAUGUAUCAAACGUUCCCGAAACUGAAAGAUAUGGUGGUCGUCGUAAUGAAUCUUACGAUUCUAAAUAUAGCUCACGUAAUGUUCAGGAACAUGAUAUAGGCCACGAUAAACCAAUGGACCAUCGUAGCUAUCGGCCUGAACAAUCACUGCAAAGUUGGGAAUACGGAAAUACUUCCUCACAAAAAGAUCGACCGCAAACAAGUCAGGAAUAUUAUGAGCCACGGGAAACGAGGAAACGUCCCAACCCAGAUUCCAUGACGGAUAAUAGUUCUCGGCAAACAUGGAGCGAAUCUCUUCGAAUUUCCAUCGAGAACAAAUCUCAAUCUUUUGCAAAUAGAGAACAAAAUCGCUUCACUUCUAUGGAACAGGGUCCACCACAAAAGUUCUCGCGAAACACGGAAAAUAUGAGAUCAAACAUUGACGCACCACCUAGGAGAAAUCCAUCUCCUAGAGGUAAUCCAACUGUUAGCGGGAAUCUAGCAAAUAAUAAAUAUAAAUUUGUACGAGAUCCAUCAGCUACUGAAAAUCUUAGGAGAAAUCCAUCUCCUAAAGGUAAUCCAACUGUAAGUGGAUAUCAAGCAAAUAGCAAAUAUAAAUUUGUACGAGAUCCAUCAGCCAGUGAAAAUCGAGAUAUGAGAUAUCCUCCUACUAAUGUAAACCGGCCUUCUGUGAGAUUUCCUCCAGCUACUGGAAAUCCACCGCGUAUGAACUGUCCUCAAGCUAGUGGGAAUCCACCUCCAAAGAGAUUUCCUUCAGGUGGUGGAAAUCCUACCUCUAUGCGAUAUCCUCCAGGUAAUGGUAAUCCAUCCACAGUUAGACAUCCUUUAAUUAAUAAAAAUCCGCCUUCUAAAAAAAUUGCUCAAAAUGAUGAAAUGAAUUUGAAACGCACCAUCCAAAAGGACGAUACUUGGCGACGUCAGGCAGCUGCACAAAUAGCUAAAGAAAUUAUUUCGACAAGAACAGAAAAUAUGGACGAUGAAACGACAUUGAAUUUACUAUGGAAUCUCAAAAAAGCAGUUUUUGCACGAAUCGAUUUGCUUUUGAAGAACGAAAUCGGUGUGGUUAUAAAAAAUGUAAUAGAAAAAUAUCGUAAACGAUUCCCUGUUGAUGACGACAAAACAUUCCUCACAGCUGUAAUUGAAAAUAUGAAGAAGGAGGCCGCCGAAACUCCGCAACGGGCUGAAGGUGUAAAAGUAAAUCAUGGAGAGUCAGCACAACAGGCAAAGAAGCUGGUACCAGACAAAAAGGUAGCAGCUAAUAUAAAUAAAGAACCGAAAAAAGAGAUUCCCAAACCGCCUCUGGCAGAAUCUGGAAAAUUACCCAAUUAUCCUAAUGCAGACAAAGCUGGUUAUAAAGUGAAUAAACAACAACAGAAAUUGGAGUUUGAAAAUGAAGAUUACUAUAAAUGCGAUCCUUUGAUAUCGCAAGCACUUGAAAAGGAGCUCGACCAAUUAUGUGCCAUAUUUAAGAAUGAGUUAAUGAAACCCGCAGACAAGUCUGAAGUAACCAUUUGUCAGCGUCUUACUGUCCAACCUUUGGUUCAAUUCAGGAAGGCUGCAAAAAUAAACUUGGUUAGGCGAAUACUGGACGUUAAAACGAAUCUAGCGAUACGGGUGAUGCCUGAAGGCAAGAUUCCGUCUCCAAGUGAUAUGUCCUACUUCUUGAGGCAGUACGGCGCCGUUAGUUUGAAGAAGUGUGACAAGAAGAAGAAGAACUCGAGACCAUUUUUCCUCGCCACAUGCGAAACUUACGAAGCUUACGAUAAAUUGUGCUCUUUGGGUCACGUUAAAUGGGACGACAGAACUUCAUUAUUUUUCAAACCGUUCCAAGUGGCCGGUCCUAAACAAAAAAAUAACAAUAAAAUGAAGCAAAAGAAGAAUACAAAUACUUUUAACAUAGACUUUUCCGAAGACCCCAAGUUUGAUGACGACAAUUUCAUGAACGUGAAAGAAGAGGCCGAAUUGUUUUAUAUCGAUAUACCUGAUGUGACACGAAAUAUGAAGAAGGGAGGGAAGAUUUCUUCGUAG